AUGGCGCUGGUGCAGCGGGAGCCGCCCAGCCCAGCUCCCGGGCCUGCCCAGGCCAGCAUCUCACACGAGCCCACCGCCGUCUCCCAAGACCCAGGUGGCUGCGAGGUCUUCCUGGCGGGCCCCCACGUGGCUCCUCACUGCAGCCGUGGCGCGGGAGACAACAGCGCCCAGCAUGCGGGCAGCCCCCGCGAGUAUUCUCGAGUGUUCUCGGAGCUCCGCGAGCAGCGGCCUGUCGUGGCGGGGGGGGGGGGGGGGGGGGCGGCGAUCCCAUCCCCAGCUCGGCACCUGCUUGGGCCGGCUUGCCGCGAUAGCCCGGAAACUGAAUGCUCGCGGGGCUCCAAAAGGAAAGCCGCUGUCGAUUCUGAGCGUGGCAGCUUGACGACAUCUGGAGUCCCCCUGUACGAGAGCAGAGAGACCCCCGGGCUUCCUCGCUGUUCUGAGCCGGGGGAGGCGUGUUGCCGGCGGAGGCCCAGCCCCGGCCGGUUGCCGCGCGUGUCUCGCGCCUUCAGAUCGGGCACAAGGGCGGGCACGUGUGAGCAUUUGCUGGGUGAGCCCGAGCGGGACCUUCUCCCAGUCGCCGUCCCCGCCCCCCAGGGGAGACCCCCACAGCGCUCUCUCCGACCCCAGCCCCCGCCGCCCGAGAGCUCCCGGGGCCCCGGGCGACUUCUCAGCGCAGAGGGCUGGGGCGGUGCGGUUCGGGGGAAAGGGACCGCGAGUGGGGGCGGGCGCCUGAGCCUGCUGUCAUUGAGGAAUUUGGUCGGUGACUUCGGGGCUGGGGCCCGGCGCACCGGGGCUUUGGGUGUGGCUGCGGGGAACCACCUGAGCGCGCCUGGGGGGGCCUUUGACGGGCCCGAGCAGGAGUGGCCCCCGCUCAGACCGCGGCUGCUGGGGCUGGGCAGCGAGUCCCACCUGGACUUCAGUUUCCAUAUUUGCCGGACGUCCGUCCAGAUGCAAGGGUGUGGCGUGGCGGGUCCCCUGUUAGACCUGGGGGCACAGAGCUUUGGCCUGCUGGAUCCCAAACUGUGCUACCUGCUGGAUGGGAUCCUCUUCAUCUAUGGCGUCAUUCUCACUGCCCUGUUCCUGAGAGCAAAGUUCCGCAGGAGUGCGGCCGCCCCCCAAGACCAGCAGGGCCCCAACCAGCUCUACAACGAGCUCAAUCUAAGAGGAAGAGAGGAGUAUGAGGUUUUGGAUAAGAGACGAGGCCUGGACCCUGAGACGGGAGGAAAACAGAGGAAGAGGAAUCCUCCGGAAGUCGUGUACAACGCGCUGCAGAAAGACAAGAUGGCGGAGGCCUACAGUGAGAUUGGGAUAAAAGGCGAGAACCAGCGUCGGCGAGGGAAGGGGCACGAUGGCCUUUACCAGGGGCUCAGCACUGCCACCAAGGACACCUAUGAUGCCCUCCACAUGCAGACCCUGCCUCCUCGCUAA